CGCCGUGGUACAGUUUGUUUUUGAUGCUGUAAAUACAUCUGUCAUGUGAUUGUAACGUGACGGCGCGCGCGAUACGUCAAACUCACUAUCGACAACAUUCGUUUAAAUUCUCGUCAGUAGUUAGCCCGGUCACCCACUUAUUGUGAGCUCACAUCUUAAACUGUUCUCUGACGUACUUCACAGGAAGAGAGAAUAAUUAUUCGAAAGAUUUAAAACAGUCUUAGGAAAAUUAGCCAAAAUAGAACUGAAAGCCGAUUCAAUCAACAUACAAGCAAAACUGAUAUUAUUCUUGAAUGAAGGAARAGGAUGAAUUUUACAAACUCGACGWCUAUGAUAUCAGCACAGAUCUGCUCCACAUUGGUUGUCGAGAACUCUGUUCAAGCUAAAGUGGUGAAAACAAUAGCUUUCUGUGUUGUAAUGGCGAUGUCAUUUUUUGGAAACAUUCUUCUUGUUCUUGUUGUGUACAAACAUCGAAAGAGUGGAAUGAUGACUACGACGAACUGUUUGAUUGUUAACAUGGCUUUUUCUGAUUUAAUCAUUCCAUGUUUUGCCGUACCAAAUAAGUUAUAUAAUKUGAUGGAGGACGCGGAUUUUCKUUGGCUAUUCGGGGGUUGGGAAGGACUAUUUCUGUGCAAAUUUUUGAACUUCUUCCUCGAUGUUUCGACUGCCGUUUCKAUUCAAAGUCUCGUCGCGAUUGCUGUGGAUCGAUUCUAUGGAGUUGUCUUCCCAUUUCGAGCAGUGAGACAUAGAAACGCGAAACCUUGCAUGAUAGUAAUACCAAUUAUAUGGUCUACCUCAAUAGCUUUCCAUUCCAUCUAUUUCUACACUUUUCGACUAUUUGAUAUUGGGAAAAACCAUUACUGCCUCAUCGAUUGGCAACCCCUAGCGCGCACAGCAGACGCUCAGAUGCCGUUCUAUGUGAUUCAGUUUUCAUUACUUUACGUUUGUCCUCUGAUAGUCAUAGCAUUUUUAUAUGGUUGUAUUAUUAAUAAACUACGACAAAGUACUGCUAAUCGAUGCUACAAUAAAUCGCGUCGACGCAAGGCCUCGGAGAACUAUCGCAAUCGUAAAGUAACCAAGAUGUGUCUUAUUGCUGUGCUAGUGUUUGCGCUUUGCUGGGCUCCAAUACAUGUUUAUGGACUGUGUUUCUACUUCGCAUGGAAAUGGACAAUUCCUUGUGUUUUAAACGUGAGAGAUUCUUUGCUUCAAGUGAGCAUUGCGUACUAA